CAAAUCUCAUUUCGAACCACACAUUCAAAACUAACUCUGAAGAACUGAACAGAGGAGAGACAGAGGAGGAGUGUGUGUGUGUGUGUGUGAGGACUGAGCAAGCAACAAAUGUCCAUAUCCAUGGCGUUAUUCUCUCCGCCGAUCUCUUCUCCACUUCUAAACCCUAACCCCAUCCCCAAGAUCUCGCUCUCUCUCCUCUCCACCAAGCGCCUCUCUCUCGUCUCCCUCACUCGAGCCUCCUCCGACAACGGUACGUCAACACCCGCUUCCUCCACAGUCUCUGCAACCACCGUGGAGGCUCCAAAGCCUGUAGAGGAAGUCUCAGUAAAAUCUCCGUCUGAAAACGGCGCCGUUGGAGGCGAAGAGACUGACUUGACGACCACCACGACGACUGAGAUCAAGUUCCAAGAUGCGAAGUGGGUUAAUGGAACGUGGGAUCUGAAACAGUUCGAGAAAGAAGGCAAAACAGAUUGGGACUCUGUUAUCGUUGCUGAGGCAAAGAGGAGAAAGUGGCUUGAAGAUAACCCGGAAACAACUACUAACGACGAGCCUGUCCUUUUCGAUACCUCCAUCAUUCCAUGGUGGGCAUGGAUGAAGAGAUACCAUCUACCCGAAGCUGAACUCCUCAACGGUCGUGCGGCGAUGGUAGGGUUCUUCAUGGCUUACUUUGUUGAUAGCCUUACCGGAGUAGGACUUGUUGAUCAGAUGGGAAACUUCUUCUGCAAAACACUCUUGUUUGUGGCUGUUGCCGGAGUUCUUUUCAUCCGCAAGAACGAAGAUUUAGACAAACUUAAGGGUCUGAUUGAAGAGACAACGUUAUAUGACAAGCAAUGGCAAGCGGCAUGGAAAGAGCCGGAAUCAUCAUCAUCAACGGUUUCUUCAAAGAAGUGAAGAAAAUUAAUGGCUUAUGUUUCCUCUUUUCUUAUGUGAUGUUUGUGAUGAUAAGUGAAAGUCCCAAGAUAAUUUCUUUAUUGUAUUACUGAUCUUGAGAUUGUAAUCUUUCUGGCUUUAGAAAUCUCUAUGAAGUAGUCCAUCCCAAAGAAAA